AUGGCCAUCCGGCCUGUGCCUGGAGUGGGGCCUUCCAUCCUGCCCAGUCCCCUCUGGUCGACCUACUGUGGCGUGAACGAGGGCGUCUGGCUGGGGUCCGCCCGCGCCUGCAAUCCUGCCUCUGGCGCGGCGGAGGGCGUGGGGUUGGACGAGGAGGGAGGCACCGUCUUCACCCUGGCCCGGGUGGUCCUGCAGCGCCGUGUGGCCGACGACGCAAGCGACUGCCUGGUGACGUGCGUGGAGGGCGUGGGGAUGAGACUGCUGGGGCGCGUGGACACGGAGGCGCACGGGCUGGGGCCCGGGGACACACCGCGCGUGCUGGAGCAGGUGGCGGGGGCGGGGAGGGACGCGGACCUGGACGGGGCAGAGGGUUGGGAGGCGCACUGGCACGACAGCGAGGACCCGGGCCUGUUCUUCUUCGACGGCGGCAGCCACAGCCUGGGGCCAUCCUCCCUGCUGGGUGAGCCGCGGAGUCACUGCCUGGCGUGGGGCAGCGACCACCGCCUGCGCGUCUCGCUCCUCUGCGAGACGGCGCGGGACGGGCGGGGGCGCCUCGACCUGGCCCCCCUGCGCCUGGGCGUGGCGGCGGAGCGCUGGCUGGGCGUGCCGGGCGUCCUGGUGGAGGGCAUCAGCCCCUCCACGGGGGAAGUGGAGAUGCUCAAGGUGUUUGAGGCCGUGGAACAGGAGGUGGCCGCCGCCCCCGACAGCCAUCGGGCAGGGCCACACGAGGGCGGCGUGGCCCUGCUGCUGGCCCCCGCGCUGCUGGUUCAGCUGGAGGCGUCGGGGGAGGGAGGGGUCAUGCUGCGCACGCUGUGGCGCGCCGACGAGGGCGUGGUGGUGGGCAUGGAGAGGGAGCACGACGGCCGGGGGGAGCUGGUGCGGGUGCUAUUUACCACGGCCAUGGCCCAGCCCGCCGGCGAGGGGGGGGUUUGA